AUGUAUCAUCGCGAUCGGGGAGGAGCCGGCAGCGUUCCAUCGAGGUCGGAGCUUGUAGGAAGACCCCUCGAUCGGAAGCGCAUAAACGAUGCGCUUGACAAGCACCUAGAGAAAUCGUCUCCAUCAACUUCGAGGGCCUUGAACAGCAAGGACAAAGAGCGGUUGUCCGUACCAUCCACUUCUGCGGGCAAAUCGCAGCUCGAUCAUCGCGAUUCUCGAGCAGCUUCUCUAUCCGAGAACAAAUGCUCCGAUGAGGAAUCUGAGACUGAUAGUGAAGAGUCAGAUAUAAGUGGCUCCGAGGGGGAUGACACAUCCUGGAUUUCAUGGUUCUGCAACCUUCGAGGAAAUGAAUUUUUCUGUGAAGUGGAUGAUGAAUACAUCCAAGAUGAUUUUAAUCUUUGUGGAUUGAGCAGUCAAGUUCCGUAUUAUGAUUAUGCACUUGAUCUUAUAUUGGACGUGGAAUCUUCUCACGGUGAUAUGUUCACUGAAGAGCAGAAUGAGUUGGUGGAGUCAGCAGCAGAGAUGCUGUAUGGCCUAAUUCAUUUGGAGAAGUACAAGAACUACGACUUUGGGAGAUGCCCAAGAGUCUACUGCUGUGGACAGCCCUGCCUUCCAGUUGGCCAAUCCGAUAUUCCUCGUUCAAGUACAGUUAAAAUAUACUGCCCAAAAUGUGAAGACAUAUAUUACCCUCGAUCAAAGUACCAAGGCAACCUUGAUGGAGCAUACUUUGGGACAACGUUUCCUCACUUAUUUCUGAUGACGUAUGGACACUUGAAGCCACAGAAGGCAGCGCAGAGUUAUGUGCAAAGAGUUUUUGGGUUCAAGAUCCACAAGUCCUCCUGA